CUACUAUAUAUCCCUUCCCAGGAUUACAUGUCCACCCGCCUGGCGCAGAGAGGGUAGGUGCUCCGUAUAUAUACACGCCCGUACGUACAGAUACCACCCUCGUCCAAUCGCCUCUCCCCCUUCAGACACAACUACUCUCCUUCGUCCUCCUCUGGCUGCCGAAAUCCCCAGACCUGUCUCUCUCCCUCCCCCUCUCUCUGAAAGCGGGAAUCGGCCAUGCAUCUCUCGUCAGCGCUGCUCCUCGGGCUCGGGCCUGCGGGCCUGCUCGCGACGGCGGCGACGCGCGCGGCGGCGGCGGACGGGGUGCCGAUCGGGGAGCGCAGCGCGCAGGAGGUGGUGGCGCAGCUCAACCUGGUGCCCAACUCGGAGAAGGGGUACUACGUGCAGUCGUUCGAGGACGGCGACCGGGUGAUCCGGACGAGCCCGUGCGGCGCGGUGCCCGCCGGGCCCAGCGCGACGGCGACGCGGUCCGCUAGCACCGCCAUCUACUACCUGCUCGAGGGCGCCGACGGCGACUCCAUCUGGCACCGCGUCGACGCCGCCGAGGUCUGGCACUACUACGCCGGCGCCCCCCUCACCCUCUCCCUCUCGCGCGACGACGGCCUGCCCUACAACGUCACCGUGCUCGGCCCCGACAUCUUCGCCGGCCAGAUCCCCCAGCUCGCCAUCCCCAAGCACGUGUGGCAGAGCGCGCGGUCGCUCGGGAACUGGACCCUGGUCGGGACUACUGUCGCUCCCGGCUUCGUCUUCGAAGGGGUGGAGCUCGCGCCGCCGGAUUGGACCCCCCGGGGCCCCUAGAGUGUAGCGCUUAGUCUGAACGAGAGGGCUUUCAUCUGCCGUAUUAAUUUAGACGCUCGCGCGAGAUUAGUGCAUAUUAAGACGAGGUUUUAGAGUCGACACACACACACACACACACCCAUGUUCAUAGCUUUGUCCGCACACCCCCAGCGACUGGGUUGGCUCGUGUUGAAGACGUACAUACUUACACAGACGAUCGGGUGAAGAGGGUUGCAUUCUAGACAGCUAGAAGUUCAACACAAUGUCUAAUACAGCCAUACAUACAUACAUACAUAGGUACCUACCUACAAUUACUUGUGUGUUGACGAACCGGGUCUCGGUUUGACAUCACGAGGUAGUUUUUAAUUCAUCAUUCUCGUCGUGUUGUUCUACGAUUAUGUACCGCUGGGAUGCUUCUAUGGAAACUCGGUUACAUUUCGACACUCAGCACUGGUCGACUACG